UCUCACUAAGCGAGGCUCAUCUGCUUCACUCUGACGCAGUCCUGUCUUGUCUCCAGGAUGCAGCGCCUGUGGCUCCCCGGAGGCUCCUGCGUGGCAGCCCUGACAGUGACCCUGAUGGUGCUGAGUCCUCCCCUGACUUCGACCAGGGACACGCGACCGCAUUUCUUGGAGUACAUUAAAUGGGAGUGUCACUUCUCCAAUGGGACUGAGCAUGUUCGGAUGGUGGUCAGACACAUCUACAACCAGGAGGAGUUCCUGCGCUAUGACAGUGACCUGGGCAAGUUCCUGGCAGUGACUGAGCUAGGACAGCCGGAAGCCGAAGACUGGAACACCAAGAAGGACCUCCUGGAGCAGAGGCACUCCCAGCUGGACACCUUGUGCAGACACAACUACUGGGUUGGGGAGAGAUUCACUGUACAUCGGAGAGUUGAGCCCAAGGUGACCGUGUAUCCCACAAAGACCCAGCCCCUGCCCCACCACAACCUCCUGGUCUGCUCAGUGAGUGGCUUCUACCCAGGCAGCAUCCAAGUCAGAUGGCUCCGGGAUGGCCAGGAGGAGGAGGCUGGGGUGGUGUCCACAGGCCUGAUCCAGAACGGAGACUGGACCUUCCAGACCCUGGUCAUGCUGGAAGCUGUUCCUCAGAGCAGAGAGGUCUAUGCCUGCCAGGUGGAGCACCCGAGCUGGAGCAGCCCUCUCACCGUGGAGUGGAGGGCCCAGUCUAGAUCUUCGCAGAGCAAGACGCUGAGUGGAGUCGGAGGCUUCGUGCUGGGUCUGCUCUUCCUUGGGUCGGGACUGUUCAUCUACUCCAGGAACCAGAAAGAAUACUCGGGAGUUCAGCCAACAGGCCUCCUGAGCUGAAGAGAUGGUGGCAGCCCUGAAGGAAGCACCUGUGUCCCUGCUGCUCGAAGUCAUCGCCGCGCCAUGAAAGACUUCCUACUUGGCUCUCGGUGUCCCACAGGGAGGGGCUCUCCUAGCAACCAGGACCUUACAGGGCACGUCCUCCCUAGAGCUGUGACACACUAUCCUUCAGCCAUGGGAACUGGGCCUGAUUCCAUGGGAAGAGAAGGCGCAACGUCAAAAUAUCUCUUUUGAAAGAAGAAAUGAUUAAAAGAGAAUGAAUCAGGGAUAAGGAGAUGAGAGUUUCUGACCCCAUUAUUCAGUUAGUAUUUGUAGUUGAUUUCCUCAUCCAGGCCACUAGAUCCCUAAAAAGAAUUGUGAAUGGCUUUGUGUCUUUUUCAAAAGACAGUCUGAGUAGUCAGCACCAGCCACUAGCUCAAUAUGGGAAACAAGAACAGUGACAAAGCGUUGCUUUGUGUUUAGAAGUAAAUAUGCGGGUAUAUGAUUUUACAAAGAAAAUACUAUUUUCCAAGAAAUUUUUAAAGGUGCAUUACAACAAAAAUCUAACUUUAUAACAUGCUAUAACAUAUAGCAUAUU